AUGAGAUUUGCGAUUUCCCGCACGGAAAACGACAACGUGACCUCGGAGACGAGGCCUGCGGACGACGCUCAUGAACGUCUUGUUUGCGGCCGUCAUCAAGCUUUCGAACAUUUUGCUGUCCACGGACGAAUUACCAGCCGUGACUGCGUACACUACUUCGGGGACACAACGCUCGACAUUCCCGGCUGUUUUGAAGUGUUUUCCGAUCGAGCACGAGGAACGCGUGGUUUAGAGACGCACGUCCGUCUGGUUUUUGCGGUCUGCGACGACGUCGUCGGUCAACAUUGUUCGCAGAAGUCGGAGUGCUCGGCUCGCGGCGAUCAAUCGAGGGAUCCGAUUUGGGAUCUCGCCGUAACUUCACUAGCCUGCCACGAGAUUCCAAUUGGGAUCUCGGUUGGUAUUUAUUUUUAAAAAAAAUGAGAUCUCUACAAGAAUCUCUUUUAUUAGGAUUUUUCAAGAACAGUUAAAUUGUACAGUGUAACCACUACACGCCGGUCCGUUUGCAUCUAAAUGACUACCCGCCUAGGAGCAAGGUCGCCAACCUAGGACCGAGGUCCGAAGACCGGAGUCCUACGAUUUUUGUGAGGAGGGAAGGGAAAAAAUGAGAAUUUAAAUAAAUAAACACGUGUUUUCUUGGGGGAAAAAUAUAGAAUUAUUUUAUUAACUCAUCGAUCAAAAAGUGAAAAUUAAGUUAAUGCAACAGCAAAGCACAGGGGCAUAAAAACUGUCACUUGAGAAAGAAUGGAUAAUAGGUACGAUUUUGACAUUGAUAUAUAUAGGAUUAUAAAACAAAUGUCUACAGACAAUUUAUAUUUUAAAUACCUGUACAUUAACUUGGGGGGGGUCAACCAGUCUUAAAAGUGUUGUCCGGACGCAGGUAGUGACAUAACGGGGAACGUGCGGGCCGGGGACUUAUUAACAUUUAUCGGUAAGGAUGAAACCGACGUCCACGUGUGUGCGCUGACCGAUAUGGGUAUUGACCGAGACGGACCACCACGUGGGACUUUCGUGGGCACCUCGGGCAACGGGGAGACCCCGGCAAGAAUGUGCGGUUGCCAGGCCGCACAAAUUACCACCGGGAAGGGUGGCGGAAACGAUUUUCGUUCCAUGUUGACUGGUCCGUAG